CCUCAUUCUCAUCAUUAUUGAUUUUCUGUCAACUGAGGCCAUGUGCCUCCAUCUACACACACUCAUAUACACACUGCCCUCAGUCAUUACGGCUGUCAUUAGGUGAGAGCUACUGGCUUAGUAGAGAGCCAGUGAGGGAAAAGUCUGCCAAACAGUGAUACCAAGUCUGUCUUGGAGCUGACACCUUACACGUGAAGAUCUCUCAGCUAGAAUUAAGAUAUGUCAGUAUUAUGGAUGGGCACUCGUUGAAAUUGAAGUUUAAGCCUAUUAGAACCAGGGAUGAAGGAACGCACGAGUCUUGUACGGGACAGGUUCUCAGUGAAGACGCUGAGGAAGACAAGGCUGUUUCAGAAUGCCCCAGCACCAGAACCGCGCUCUAUUCCAGCACAGACUACCAGUGGCACAGUCCGUUCACACAGCCCCUUGAACCACAAACUUUCCAGACACACUCUCUCAUGGAUAACAUGUGUAAAGCAGACACGGGAGACAUUGAAGGUUCUGAGGAAUAUUUUCGUGAUGUUAUGGGGGGUACCCUGGGGACCCAGGACCAGCCUUAUAACCGCCUCCCCCCUGUCCAAGUAUUUGGUUGCAGUGUCCCCAGGGUCUACAGCUUCCAGCAGCUGUAUGGAUACAGAGACUGGGAGACCUCCACCCCCAUGUGGAUGACCCAGGGGACGCGGGACAGUAGAUCUUAUGGAAGCACGGAUUACAGCUCAAUGACCUCUGCGGUACAGCCUCUCCAGCCAGAUGACCACUCUAGUACCUUGAGAACUGACCAUUCCAGUACCUUGAGAACUGACCACACCUUUAACCACAGUGGGUCGCUGCGCUGGACACUACUUCAGAAUGAAAAUGGAACCAAUACCAUCUCAUCUAUUCCCUCCUAUCCAACCAGUCAAAUCCCAGUUUACAAACCUCCAGGUAAGCUAUAAGGCUGUUUGUAAGAAAGCCAUUGAUAGGACUUGUAUUGUUAGUCAGGGUAUUAACGAAGUACCAUUUAUUUUUUAAUAAUUAUUCUUUUUUA